AGAGAAAUCACAAGAAAAAAAAAAUAAAAAAAAAAGAAAAGGAAAAAGUUCCGUUGUUUUAAGGGGAAAAAAAGAGAGGAGAACUUAUUUUUUCUUCAAAAUCCAAAGAAUCAGAGAAACAGAGAAAACAGAUAAAUUCUCUUCUUCUUCUUCUUUUUAUUGAAAUCUUCCUUUUUCUUUCCUUCUCUGUCUUUCACUUUUUCCCGCCAUCUUUCCUCUCUUCAUUUGAUAAUCUUCUUGUUUUUAUUCUUUUAUUGUAUUUUUUCCACGAAAACUUUCCUCCAUUUUUUAGUUUUACUUUUUAAUCAGCAAUGCGGCUCAUUGAUCCAAUAAUUUACGUCUUUUGUAUCUCCCUUUUCGUGCUCCUCUGAUUGUAAAUUUUCAUUUUAAUUUUUGAUUAAUUUUGGUCUAAUAAUCAAAAAAAUUGAUAAUGGAUCGCAUUGUCGGUGGGAAAUUCAAAAUGGGUAGAAAGAUCGGAGCUGGAUCUUUCGGCGAGCUCUUCCUUGGGGUCAAUAUACAGACUGGGGAAGAAGUUGCUGUAAAGAUGGAACCUGUGAAGACCAAGCACCCUCAGCUUCACUAUGAGUCAAAAUUGUACAUGCUUCUUCAGGGUGGAACGGGGGUUCCCCACCUCAAGUGGUUUGGAGUUGAAGGUGACUACAAUAUUAUGGUUAUUGAGCUUCUAGGGCCAAGCCUUGAGGACUUGUUCAACUACUGCAAUCGAAAGCUCUCUUUGAAGACAGUGUUAAUGCUCGCUGAUCAGUUAAUCAACAGAGUUGAAUUUAUGCACUCAAGGGGAUUUCUUCAUCGUGAUAUAAAGCCUGACAACUUUCUAAUGGGUUUGGGACGAAAAGCCAAUCAGGUGUAUAUUAUUGAUUAUGGCCUUGCUAAAAAGUAUAGGGAUCUUCAAACUCACAAGCACAUACCCUAUAGAGAAAACAAGAAUCUUACGGGCACAGCUCGAUAUGCAAGCGUUAACACUCACCUUGGAGUUGAACAAAGCCGAAGAGAUGAUUUGGAAUCACUGGGUUAUGUGCUCAUGUAUUUUUUACGAGGAAGCCUUCCCUGGCAGGGACUGAAGGCGGGGACAAAAAAACAGAAGUAUGAUAAAAUCAGUGAAAAGAAGAUGCUAACUCCUGUUGAGGCACUCUGCAAGUCAUAUCCAUCAGAGUUCAUAUCAUACUUUCAUUAUUGUCGAUCAUUACGCUUCGAAGACAAGCCAGAUUACUCAUACUUGAAGAGGCUUUUCCGAGACUUAUUUAUUCGAGAAGGAUAUCAGUUUGACUAUGUAUUUGACUGGACCAUACUCAAGUAUCCUCAGCUCACUGGUAGCUCUAGACAGCGGCCAUCAGGUGGAAAAGCUGCUUUAAAUGCUGGACCAUCUGCUGAAAGAACGGAGAAGCCAUCAGUGGGACGAGAAAUUCGCGAUAGAUUUUCAGGUGCUGUUGAGGUAUUUACUAGGAAAAAUGCUUCAGGUAGUGGACAUCUCAGUGAUCAUUCAAAGCAGAAGGUAUCAGAGAGGGCAUCACCAUCAAAGGAUGUGGACAAUGAUUCUGGAAGGGGGCGAACUUCUUCCACCCGCCCUAGCAGCUUGUCCAAGAGGGCAGUUGCCUCAAGCAGCAGGCCAACAUCUUCUGUGGGGCCCAGUGAUAGUCGAUCAAGUUGGCUUCUUUCAGGUAGUAGUCGCCUCUCCACCAGCCAGAGACUCCAUUCUGGGUCCGAGCACAAAUCGUCUCUCUCCCGAGCUACAACCUCGAAAGGUAUUCAUGAAGAUCAGAACAAGAGCUCUGAUCACCAUUCGAGAGUCACAGAUAAGAGGAAGGGGUGAAUGUUUCAUUUGGUAAGAGAUGGUGCUUCUUUUGGUGUAAACCUCACAUUCCCAUUUCAAUCAAAACGUAAUUCUUACACAAAUUAAUGGGUCUCGUCACACCUAAAUUCCACAUUUUUCGAUGGAAAUAUAUGCAAUUGUCUUACUUGUCAUCAUGCUAUGUUGUUGUAGAGUCAUGAAGAGAAGGAUACUAAGAUUUGGGAUCCAGGCCUUUUUAUUUUUUUCAAAAGAAAAAAAAGAAAGGUUCCUUCCCAAUUUGUUAAUAUUUAUUCAAAGUAAAGCUGUACUCGCUGAUUGCUCCUGUUCUUCCUU